AGUACACACACUGUGCUGUCUGUGUUCCAGAGAGAAUAUAUCAGCUCUACACAGGGAGGAGAGGAUUAACUCAACAUCAGCUCAUCUGCAUAUUCCCAGGGAACACAUAAGCACCCAAGGCUUCUUCUCUUCUCUAUCCAACUCCAGCCAUCACAGGACUUGACACUCUCAUCGUUGGAGCACCGUUCAUCCCAACUCUCUCUGCUGUGAGAGGAUUUAAAGGAGGACACGUCUUUCUGCUUUUUGGAUUUUGCCAUUUGUGUGUUUCUUCGCUAAGUUUAGGCUUGUCAAAUUGGAGCAAUGCAAUUCACAUGACAUAGUUUAGACGAGUUCUAAGCAUCCCGUUUUGUCUUUUUUUCUUCUCCAGAGGACCUCUGACUUUUUUGAACUGCUCUAUAGGGCUUGCUGCUUGUUCAUCUGAUUUGGUCAACCUGAGUGUCAGAAUGCCAUCCAGGGAGUCUUACGAGGUCCGGAAGGGAGAGAAGUCUUUGGUGCACAAGGCAAAGCAGGAGGCCAACCAGCAGGACAUACUGGCUGCUGCUCUGGGGAUGAGGAUCUCAGGGCCCCAGAAACCUCCAGCCACUAUCUGGCAGCCUCUCAAACUGUUUGCCUAUUCACAGCUCACCUCGCUGGUCCGCAAAGCCACACUGAAGGAUAACAGCCUGCCGCCCAAGUACGAGAAAGUCCACAACUUCAAGGUCCACACGUUCCGGGGACCUCACUGGUGUGAAUACUGUGCCAACUUCAUGUGGGGGCUGACGGCUCAGGGAGUCAAAUGUGCAGAUUGUGGCCUGAAUGUCCACAAGCAGUGCUCCACUAUGGUACCCUGCAACUGCGUGCCAGACCUGAAACACAUCAAGAAAGUCUACAGCUGUGAGCUAACAACCCUGGUGAAAGCUCACAACACCAAGCGGCCCAUGGUGGUGGACAUGUGCAUACAGGAGAUUGAAUCGAGAGGGCUGAAGUCUGAAGGGCUCUACAGAAUAUCUGGAUUCAGCGAUUCAGUGGAAGAUGUCAAGUCGACAUUUGACAGAGAUGGUGAGAAGACAGACAUCUCUGCCAAUGCCUAUGAAGAUAUCAACAUCAUCACGGGUGCACUUAAACUGUACCUCAGAGAUUUACCCAUUCCUGUCAUCUCCUACGACGCCUACCCCAGGUUCAUCGAGACUGCAAAGCUGGAAGACCCAGAGAAGCGGCUAAAGGCCUUCCGUGAGGCUCUGGAACUGCUGCCGGCAGCACACAGUGAAACCCUGAGGUACCUCAUGGCCCAUUUAAAGAGGGUAACGUUGAAUGAGAAGGACAACCUGAUGAAUGCGGAGAACCUGGGCAUUAUUUUUGGGCCCACUCUCCUGCGUGCCCCCAACCUGGACGCCAUGACGGCACUCAACGACAUCCGCUACCAACCGCAGGUGGUGGAGUUCCUCAUCAAUAAUGAAGACAUCCUCUUCUGAAAACAGACACAUCCACCCUGUUAGAUAAGGAAGACAUCCUCUUCUGAAAACAGACACAUCCACCCUGUUAGAUAAGGAAGACAUCCUCUUCUGAAAACAGACACAUCCAUCCUGCUAAGAUAAGGAAGACAUCCUCUUCUGAAAACAGACACAUCCACCCUGCUAAGAUAAGGAAGACAUCCUCUUCUGAAAACAGACACAUCCACCCUGCUAAGGAAGACAUCCUCUUCUGAAAAACAGACACAUCCAUCCUGCUAAGAUAAGGAAGACAUCAUCUUCUGAAAAACAGACACAUCCAUCCUGCUAAGAUAAGGAAGACAUCCUCUUCUGAAAACAGACACAUCCAUUCUGCUAAGAUAAGGAAGACAUCCUCUUCUGAAAAACAGACACAUCCACCCUGUUAGAUAAGGAAGACAUCCUCUUCUGAAAACAGACACAUCCACCCUGUUAGAUAAGGAAGACCUCCUCUUCUGAAAAACAGACACAUCCAUCCUGCUAAGAUAAGGAAGACAUCCUCUUCUGAAAACAUUCACAUCCAUCCUGCUAAGAUAAGGAAGACAUCCUCUUCUGAAAACAGACACAUCCAUUCUGCUAAGAUAAGGAAGACAUCAUCUUCUGAAAAACAGACACAUCCAUUCUGCUAAGAUAAGGAAGACAUCCUCUUCUGAAAAACAGACACAUCCACCCUGCUAAGAUAAGGAAGACAUCCUCUUCUGAAAAACAGACACAUCCAUCCUGCUAAGAUAAGGAAGACAUCCUCUUCUGAAAAACAGACACAUCCAUUCUGCUAAGAUAAGGAAGACAUCCUCUUCUGAAAAACAGACACAUCCAUUCUGCUAAGAUAAGGAAGACAUCCUCUUCUGAAAAACAGACACAUCCAUCCUGCUAAGAUAAGGAAGACAUCCUCUUCUGAAAACAGACACAUCCAUUCUGCUAAGAUAAGGAAGGAAAGAGACAGAUUUUUUGUAAAACAGCUUGAUGCUGUCUAAACACUUUUUUGUGCAAAGACUUGAAGGAACUUUUCUAUUGCAUUUGUAUUACAUAUGAAUCUUUGUAAUUACAUUUGUGAUACAUCCGUUUCCACUCCCAGUUAAGCAGUCCUGAACCUUACUUUCUCUUCCCCUGUAAUGGGUGUGGAUGGUGAUGUACCUUAAACUUUGCAUGUCUGUCUCCCCAUUUUUGUCGGGGCUUGUGUAGAACACUGAUGGACCAGACUUGGCCGUGUCUUUAUUUUGUGUAGCUUUGUAGCGGUAACCUCGCAUGCGAUAAAUAUUGUGAAACGUUAACCAGGUUUCCAUCCAACCUUUUAAUGCGUGUAACGUACAUGUGGGAUAAAACAUUUAAUGACAGGCCUGAUGGAAACAGAUCAUUUUUGUCGGUAAACUUGCCAAAUGUCAACAAAACAAAAUACGCUAGACAAGGUGGGGACCUUUUCGUGUCGGUAAAAUUAAUUACGUGAGAAAUGUAGGUGGAAAGAAUUUUAUGCGCAAAUAUUGAUAUAAUAACCAUCAUAUCGAAGUAAACUUGGAGUGGUUGUGUGGUCCUCCCACUAAAGUUGUGUGGUCCUCCCACUAUGACUCAUAGGGAAAGCAUGCAGGUAUCUUUAUGUGCAAUAUAUCAUCACACACAGACUUUUAUCCACAAGUCAAUUUGAUGGAAAAACAGCUCUGGUGGGAAAAUGCUCAUAUUGUUUUUAUACGUAUUUUAACAUAUUCACAUGAAAAUCUGUCACCAGUUGGAUGGAAACCUAGCUAUAGAUACUCUGCUAUUAUUUGUCAUGUAGAUUUACAGUAUCUCCUGUCCGGUUGCCCAAUGGGCAAUUGUUUUUGUGAAGCAUUGUAUACCUGGAUGUGAAAUAGACUACUGUAUCUUCUCUGAACCUUUGUAAUUAUCUUUGACUGAUUCGGUCUUUUUUUUGCCUUUUCAGCUGUUUUAGAAGUAUUUUUUAGGGGAAAUGCAAAGCCUCUUUCAAUCAGAAAACAAUCAGUGUACCUUUAAAUGUUCUGUUACAUUUGCCGGACAGUCAAAACUGUGUUGCAUUCAAACUGUUACCUUUGUGCAUUUAAUGUUUGUUCUUCUUAAAAAUAUUUUUGUACUUAAUUUGCGCAUGUAAAUUAUAAUUUAUUAAACCUUGCUUGCUGAAAAUGAA